AUGAAGACUUACAGAGCUCAACGACGGAUCACACCCGAGCUCACACACAAUCUACAAAGAAACGAUAAAGAAUCCAGCUCCCCGCACUCGCUCGCCGUGGCUUCCACAACCACCGCCUCUGACUGCUCUCCGGCCGGCACAUCGACGGCGCCACCGCUCAACCUCGGCUCGGGCGCGCGCGUGUGGGGGCUGAGCCACUUUGAUUUGGUGUAUUCCGCCUUGCGCCAGGGCGCUAUGUGCAUCCCUUUCUUCCUCAGGCUCUGCGUGGCGGCUUCCGACGCGAUGAUCAGAAUUUGCAGGAGGCGAUCGGAUUUUCCGACGAAAAUCGACGGCAGGCAAUGCAGGACCGUCCUCCGCUCGUCGACCGCGCGAUCUCGAACUCUGAUCGGAAAUCAACGUCGAUUAUUAUCCUCUCCCCUUUUACAAUCACAUCUAUGUACUCGUAUUCGCCUGCUCUCAAGCAGAAUUGAACAAUCAGCACGAUACUCUAGAAAGGAACCUAGACGCAAAAACGUACGCAUACAUUGA